AUGGUUGCAUUGAGCGACCACUCUUCACCUGUCUCAAAGAGCCAUCGGCGCUCUGCAUGGUGGGUUCUUCUGUCGCAAUUCACGGGUGCAGAGUCUCGGGCGAUGACCGGUGGUGCCGAGGAUGAAUUGACUGCGGCCCAAGCACGCAAUGCCAGACGCGCGCGGCGUCGGGCCGCAAAGCGUGCGGAGGAGCAGCCUCCUCCCCAUCCGGCGACCACAGGGAAAGGAAAGUCCACAGAGGAGCAGCCUCCUCCCCAUCCGGCCACCAAAGGGAAAAGAAAGUCCACAGAGGAGCAGCCUCCUCCCCAUCCGGCGACUAAAGGGAAAAGAAAGUCCACAGAGGAGCAGCCUCCUCCCCAUCCGGCCACCAAAGGAAAAGGAAAGUCCACAGAGGAGCAGCCUCCUUCCCAUCCGGCGACCAAAGGAAAAGGAAAGUCCACAGAGGAGCAGCCUCCUCCCCAUCCGGCGACCAAAGGAAAAGGAAAGUCCACAGAGGAGCAGCCUCCUCCCCAUCCGGCGACCAAAGGGAAAGGCAAGGGAGAACCGAAGAGCACAGCAAAAGGGCAAGGCAAGGCACAGGUGAACCAUGGCAACCCUGGCAACUUCGUACUCAGGAAUGCACAUGUAGCUCGCCAACCCGAAGACGGCAACUGUUUAUACCAUUCGCUUUGCUUUGGUUUACCUGACAGCGAUGCCCAAAGUUUACGUUGCGAACUAGCGCAAUUCCUGCGAGAUCACCCCCUGGUGACAAUUGCGGGCAAUACAUUGCAGGAGUGGAUCCAGUACGACUCCGGCCUCUCCAUCCAUGCGUACGCCAGUCGCCAGAGCAAUUCUGGUCAUUGGGGCGGCGGCAUCGAGAUGGUCCUGGUGUGGUCGCGACUUGAAGCGCAUCUCGUGCUUUAA